AUGGCGGCAGAGGAACUCUCGAACGAGGGGGAUGCUUUUAGCAAGAUUCACUCUUCUGCGAAGCAUUCGGCAGACAUCACGGCAGCGGAUGAGCUCUGGCAGAAGCUACCUUAUGAGACACAUAUCCGAUACGUUCUCAACCCUCUGCAUUAUCGAUUACAAACUAUACAUUGGGGGAAUGGACUUUGCAGGCUGUGCUUUGAAGGCAUCACCUUUGAUCCCGGCAAAUCAGAACUCAUCCACUUCUCAAAACGCAGGACUGAACAGAACCCAGAUACUACCCCUACAAUUACUAUAGGAGAUCUAACAAUCAAAGAACUUGCCAAUGGAAAGCCCUAUAUUAGAUGGCUCGGAAUCCUCUUCGAUAAAAAGUUAUCCUUCAAAUGGCAUACGAAAGAACUAGCUACAAAAGCUAUUGUAAUAGCCAGAGCUCUUAAAUCCCUGGGUAACUCUAUAAGAGGAGCCCCUCCCAGACUACUACGGCAAGCCGCUGAAGCAUGUGUCCUCAAACGUGCAUACUUUGGAGCAGAAACCUGGUGGACAGGUAGAACACAAUUCGGAAUAAACCACCCUACUAAGGUGGAGGGCCAUAUCAACCAGUUAAGUAAGGUUACCUUAGAGUGUGCCAGAGCAAUCCUGCCAGUAUGGAGGACAGCCAACAUAGCAAUACUGCACCGUGAAUCAGGACUCCGCCCGCCUGAAAUUGAACUGGACGACCUAGCUCGCGCUUCAACAGUUAGAACCAGAAGACUGGACCCCUACCACCCUCUCGCCUGGAGAGCUAAAUGGAUCCAAGAGGACCCCGGCUCUUUCAAGACCCGUUUCGCCUGCCGUAUCCUAUCUCUUCCGCCCUCGGAACAGAUCGAUCCCCUAUCAGCCCCUAAAUGGCUAGAAUAUGAAUCAAGAGCAGAAAUAAUGAAGCGUAUUCACAGCCCCAAUGGCCGUACCAAACAGGAAGCAGCUACUGAAUUCAACGAUUUCUAUGACCUACUCCCUCGCGAAGAUAUCGUUAUCUUCUCUGACGGGUCUAAACUUGCAAACGGCAACACUGGUGGCGGUUUCGUAGGGUACCAAGACAACCACAAAUUCUGCGAAGGGAGCCUUCCACUAGGAAGAAUGAAGGAAGUAUACGAUUCUGAAGCGAUCGCAGCUUUCGAAGGCCUCAAGGCCGCUAUCUCCUCGAUCGAAUCGAGAAUAGCAACAGAUAUAUACAUCUGUCUUGAUAAUAUUGAGGUAGCAGCAAGACUCCUCUCCAAAUCUACCGGAUCCUCCCAGGACACCUUCUCGGCUUUCCGCCAACUAGCCUCAACCUGGCACAAUGGCACAGUCCAUAUCCGAUGGGUCCCUGGUCAUAAAGAUGUAGCAGGAAACGAAGCGGCUGACAAAGCGGCCAAGGCAGGGGCAGCCCUCCCUCAACCCACAGGGGCCUACUCAUAUGCAGGACUCAGAAGAGUGACCAAAGGACUCAGGCAAAAAGCAAUGAAUCAGCUGUGGUCAACAGUGAUCCCAACAACCUACAGAGACCUCGAGAUCUUUACCUCACCAAGGAACCCAAAAGAACUCUCUCUCCCUAGACCCUUCCUAGGUCGCCUAAUAGCUAUCCGCUCAGGCCAUGGAGACUUCGCAUCGUACCACGAACGUUUCCUACAUCAAGACGCACAACUGCUUUGCAGAUGUGGAGCCCGUAAAUCCCCAGUACACUUCUUCUUCUGCAGUAUCGCCAAAAGAAACCACCCCCGGCCUAAAGGGAAACCUGCCGAUAUUCUUCCGUUCCUCUGCGGUACCUACGAAGGUGCUGAGGUAUUAGCAAACUGGACGAAAGCGAACGGAUUCUAUACCAACAUAUGUCCCCUCCACCUCCCUCCCCCCCCAAUCUUAAAGGGCCCCAUUCACUCGCUGAAGGAUUAA